CUUGAUAGGGGUGGUACACCUCAAUAUGCCCAGGUACAACUGAGCAAAAAUGAAAAAGAAAAAUGUACAUCGAGUGAUAGGGGUCAAUACGCCUCUACUUAGGUGGUGAUAUGAGUUAAUAUGGCUGAUAAGACAAGAUAUGGGCCCAGUUCCGAUGAUGUCUGUCCAUAACAGCCAGUACAAGGCUGGUGAGCAUGAGAUUUCAACCCUUGCUCUUAAGCUGCCUGCUAGAAAUUUUGCAUUACUUUUAAUGCAUUUUAAUACAGCUUAGUGGUUUGUGUAAGGUUGUUUUUGGGGCGUAUGAAAGAACUUACAAUGCAUAUGAUACUGUCAGUUCUGAAUCUCAUUUUUCUUGUAAAAGGACUGGACUAUCUACACAACGGGAACAAUCCACGUAUUAUCCACCGUGAUGUUAAGUGCAGCAACAUCCUCUUAGACUCGGAGAUGAAUGCAAAAGUUGGUGACUUUGGCCUCUCCAAGCAGGUGCUUCGGGCAGAUGCAACCCAUGUGACUACUGCUGUCAAGGGCACUGCUGGUUACCUUGACCCUGAAUAUUAUGCCACCCAGCAAUUGACUGAGAAAAGUGAUGUCUACAGCUUUGGUGUUGUUUUAUUAGAGUUGAUUUGUGGUCGAGAACCUUUGAGUCAUGCUGGCUCUCCAGAUUCUUACAGUCUAGUGUUAUGGGCAAAGCCCUACCUGCAAGCCGGUUCCCUUGAGAUUGUGGAUGAAAGCUUGAAGGAUUGUUUCGAUGCAGAAAGCAUGAGAAAGGCAUCUUCUAUAGCUGUAAGAUGUGUGGAGAGAGAUGCCUCAGAGAGGCCAACAAUUGCAGAAGUACUGGCUGAGUUAAAGGAAGCCUACAGUAUUCAGCUAACUUCCCUUUCAUCUGGAGGACAUUUGUAUUGAACUAUUAUUGCUCGUUACCAAACACACAUUAGAUAUAUAUUUGGUCGCAUGUCUACUUAUUUUACAAUAUUCAAUAUUAAGGUUUGUGAAAUGCAGUAGAGCAUGUAAUCAGGGUGAUAAUUUUAUAUUUAGUUAACAGCAUUUUUAAUAUGAAGUUUAUAAUUAACUA